CGAUUUAUAGAAGAAUAUUAGUAAAUUCUUUGCAAAGCAUGUUCAUACAUAGCCCAUAGUCAUGUCUAAAUCGGUUUCCAUCUUCCUCUUCCUGACCUUGUUCGCACAUGCAACAUUCUCACUAUCCUUCGACAUGUCUCCCAUCAGAAAAUCGGACGCCGGCCGCCUCAACCUCACCGGCGACGCCUACAUUACUGAGGAAGGCAUCCAAGUCACAACCAACGAGCGCGACCAAGUCCAGGAAGGUCGAGUUGGUCGCGCCACCUACUCUGAGCUCCUGCAUUUGUGGGACAAAGCCUCACGACAAAUGGCCGAUUUCUCCACCCACUUCUCCUUUGUCAUCGACUCAUCUGGCCGCUACAACUUCGGCGACGGCCUUGCCUUCUUCUUGGCCCCUUAUGGCUCCACCAUCAAGGCCUGGGCCUACGGCAGCGGCCUUGGCCUCGGCAACGCCACUUCUCCCUCGUCGUUGGACACCUUCGUCGCAGUGGAGUUCGACACAUACCCCAAUGCCGUUAUUGACCCGCCUUAUGACGGCGGUCUCGUCAUCCCGCACGUGGGAAUCGAUAUCGGCAACGUGAGCUCGGUAGCAACAAAGACAUGGUACAACAAUAUAUCUGCAGGCUGGCAAAAUGAUGCUUGGAUUAAGUACAAUUCCAGCACCAACAUAUUAAAGGUCAUUUUCACCGGCAACAAUGGCGGAAAAUUUCGACGAGACGACCUCCUCUACGAGGUCGAUCUCCGAAAUUACUUGUCGGAAUAUGUCACUGUCGGAUUCUCAGCUGCCACCGGGGCCUCUUUCGAGAAAAACAACGUUAAAUCUUGGAAUUUUUCUUCGACUGACGUGGUGGCUUCCACUAAACUAGUUCCAAGUCCCAUCCCACAACCUCAAGCCGAUACGGAAAGACAACAACCUCAAGCAUCCAACAAUUGCGCAAAGAAGAAAAGACUUAUAUUCAGACUUGGUGGUGCCGCCAUAAUCUUCAUCAUUCUUGCUUUGUAACAACCCGCUAAGAUGAUAUUAUUAGAAACAAUAUUAUUAGCUUGAUUAUCUAUAUAAGUGAUUUU